AUGCUGUACACACGACUUGUUCGGGGUCUGCGUGUCUUCUACCUCUUUGAGCACUACACAAAAAGCGAGCUGGAUCUUGAAGGUGAAGAUGCUGAGUACUUCGGUAGCAUCGUGUCCUCCAUGUUCUCCCUCUUUCAGGUAACUACUAUGGAUUCGUGGCCGGAUAUCGCCGCACCGCUGCUGCAGCACAGUCUCUGGUGGCGAAUGUUUUUCGUGGUUUUUAUUGCGUUCUCAGCGUGGACGAUGAUCUCCCUGGUGACUGCAGUGGUGUCAGACAAUGUUAUCCAGGCCACACAGGACCGGAAGGAGAAGCAGAAAGAGGCGCAAGAGCGAAGACGCAAAGAGUUUGUGGACUUCCUGAAAAUUUGCUUUGUCAAUGCUGAUGCAGAUGGAAACCAAGUCCUGGACAAAGAGGAGUUUGGGACCCUCAUCAAAGAUGAGCAGGUCGUAGCCAAGAUGGAGGAUUUGGGUGUAACGCUCCCACUGCAAGAACUUGAAAAGGCCUUCGAGAUGUUGGAUGUGGACGAGGAUGGAGAGCUGUCCAUCGACGAAUUCACGGCGGGUCUGUCACAACUGCAGGAGAGCCUGAACACCAAACAUGUGGUUUCUUUGGACUAUGCGCUGCAACGUAUCUCUGCGCAACUAACCAAGAGGUUGGACUCGUUGGAACAGACCGUGGCGCAUCGCAAUGAAGCCAUCGUGACGAGUGUAGAUAAGCUCUCGGCUAACCUGGCAGACUUUACACAGGUGCUGAAUAGCUUUGCCAAGGACUACCAAUCAGACUGUCGGUUGUUUCAAACUGCACGCAUUUGCACUUUGCACAUCAUGAUUUGGCUGCCUUUGCCACGCAAACCUGUGCAUUUUGAGCUUGUGCAACAUGAAGGAGAGCGGAAGUGCCUCACCGAGCGUACCUGCGAAACGUUGGGCUUGACUUUCUGUGAAACCAUGCAGCCAGGAGGCAAGGAGGGUGAGAACAAGUGCAGUGGAAGGAUUUUGAUAGAUGUUGCUGCCAGCUUGAUGCGAGAAAGUGAGAUGUGGAUGAGAUGGCAGUUGCAAAUCUUGGCAGUCCGACCGGUGCAUCAAAGGUUCACCAGUUCCAAAGUGGCAGUGAAUGCAAUCCGAGUCUCACAACAAUGCCAAGAUGAAGUGACCCAGAGUGUGGCCAAGAGCCCUGAGCCCGUGCCAAGCAAUGCAGGUUCUGUGCUUAGCGCUUCUCAAGCUCCCGACUUCCAGCCGGAACUGAGAAAGGAACAAGCGAGCCGUGAAGCCCUCGCACUAAAGGCGCUCCACCGAACGGAUUUUUUUCUGUGCAGCAACUGCUCUCCAAGAACUGUGAUGCGAAUAUGCUGUUUUUAUAAACCCAAACAUAUACCUGAAUAG